CAAAUUUCCGUUGAGGCUUCCGCGACACCGACUGUCGAGCGGUAUCUGGUUUCUAGGCCCGUCACGUCUCCCUUGCAUCUAUCAGGGUCUGCGACCCGUGGGUAUUGGGCCGUACAUGUAGAUACUGAGCGUUUGGUUUUCCUAAAGGACACAUGGCGACAGGACAGGGAGCUGGAAGGUACCGUCGUUGCUGAACUCAACGCCGUCGGCGUUUGCAACGUCCCGCAAUUUGUGUCCCAGGGUGAUGUGCGCCCCGGUAUGUUGCCCUGUUUGAGCUCUACAGAUCGAUACUAUACGCAACCUUGGGUAUGCCGUAUACGUGGCCGGCGGGUCUCAGUAUCGACACGCAUACACUACCGACUCGUCCUCGGGACGGUCGGCUACCCUUUGAGGCAAUUCAAGGGUACACACGAGCUCCUGCAUGCCACGUACGACGUAUUCCAGGCGAUGCGAGAUGUGUCGAGCAAGGCUUCGCGUCUCCACAGAGACAUCAGCAUCGGCAACAUCAUCCUCGUGAAGGAACCCGGCCGCGACACGCGCAGGGGCUACCUCAUCGAUUGGGAGACGUCCUCCAAAUUUGAUUCCAAGGGUCACUCUCUCGACAAGAACAGAGCAGUGAGUGUCACGGGCACCUGGAAGUUCAUGUCCGCCAAAGUCCUACGCAAGCCCGAGCAGCUCCACACGUUCGGGGACGACAUGGAGUCGCUGCUCUGGGUCGUGCACUACUGCAGCCUCCUCUACCUGCCGCAC